AGUAUGUAUUCCUAGGUGCAGGAACUGUGGUCGCGAUGGCGAGCUUUGCGCGCGGUAAGCGCAAGAAAUUGAACUUACCGGUUCAAAAAACCACGAUUGUGUCCAUGUUCGCGAAAAUCGCUGCGCGUAAUGAUGCGGAUCGUGGAGUUCCGAGCGCUAGUCAAGAUGCGGACGACGAUGACGUGAUUUUCAUUGAAAAAGAGAACAUUACCCGCAGUACUACGAAAUCGGCGGCGCAGCAAGAUGUCAUUUCAGGAGACUUGAACGCAUCUUUUGUGUCGACGGCUUCGUCGAGUGUGUGUGGUUCACCGCCACUGAUUUCUCGGGACCCAUGCGAAUUCUCACCAACGUUUGGUGAUGUUUCUGAAGCUUCACAAUCCUCGGACGUCUAUGAUGUACGAAUAACCGAGUUUUCGGAGUACAGAAGUACCGGAUUCGCUUCUACACCAGUCUCAGUAUCUCGUCACAAAUCGCAAUUGUCACCCAGAGUGAGAAGGAGCAUAAGCUCGUACAGCGUUUCCAGAAGUGUGCCAGUCGCUCUGAAGAACAGUCCAGAUAUAAGGAAAGCUUUCUCGACUUCGAGGAAAAGUUUCAAGAAACGAAAAUCAUCCGAUUUAGUGGACGGAGCGAAGAAAAAUUUGCUGUUUAUGCCGCAAGCAUUCGUAUCUGUGGUUUUGGAGGAACCCUCGCCCAACAGAUUUCGGCACGAAGUUGGAAUUUACUUGCGACCAUUCCAAGAAGUUCUGAACACUGUUUUUUCGGAAGAAAACGCAUCAUCGCACUCGGAUCUUUUCGCCGAUGACGAAUUGACGAUCAUAGAAAAUUUUCGAAUGGCCAAACUAAGUUCCCGGAAACUAUUCGUGCGUUUAUUUGAACGCAAGUGGACGUGGCACAAUCCUGUGGAUGUGAAAUAUGCCGACAUUGCUGAUGAUUUACUUCCCGUAUUUGAAGAUCUCGCUUUGCGCAAGUUGAUUCUAACCGGCCCAUCGCAUGACGGAACUUUUGAGUCAUUGCUCGAACUUAUGGAUGUUCUUCCUGCGAGUGAAGCCAAGACACUCUGCUUGCAUAUGAAAGUUAAACCGGCCGGUUCUAAGGAGAAAAACGUUGAGGCGUUGUUGAAGCACGUCCAAUCAUUCAAGCAAGGCAUCUUCGGAUCCAGCAACGGCUUGAAUAUAGCUUUGAAAAAGGUUCUUGAGUUACUUGGCGUUCGGUACAAGGUGAAUGCUUUGGCGUGUGACGUGUUCAGAAGCGUUUUCCUGCUUUAUUGCCCUCCGGACUUUUACUCCGACGGACAAGAAGAUGCUUCUUUGGUCAAAGCUCAACUUCUUCGAAUGCGGCAAGUGGAUUGGUCCAACGUUUGUUACCCAGUUUCGACAGCGGAUCGGAAGACGAAAGUAUUUCGGAGUCGAGAAGACUUUGUGCGAUAUUCCAAGGCUCACGCUCGUCGGGAAGAAGUCUACUGUAAAUUCAUGGAACAAGAUUACGACAGAAUCAAAAAGCUCUGCCCUCAGAUGAUGGAAGACUUCCGCUCUUUGUUGCUCAAUGAUGAGGCCAAAGAGUUUGCGGAGAGUUUGCCGUCGUUUUUGAGGAGAUAUCAUGAGGGUUCCGUGUUGGCGUCGUCGCUGACGACUUGUGCGGAUGCACUGGAAAAGCUUGGAAUGCAUCGUGACGCCGUUGACGUUUUGAAGCUUCUUUUGAGCCAGAGUCUGUUUUUGCCCGAUUAUCGUGGUCGUUGGCACGACCGCCUCGCCUUGGAUCUUCAUGUUCAUAUGAAAGAAGCUGAAAGUCGACGCGGUGGUAAUACCCGGGGUAGAGGUAGAGGAAGGGGACGGGGACGAAAAUCUCAACCGCAAGUGGCAUUGAGUGCGGAUGACGAUGGCGUGGACGACGUCUUGGUAUUGCCUGAUACAAAUGCUUCUGCCAAGUGCUUGGAAUGGCGAAAGAAGAUCAAUGCAGCUGGAGAAAUACGGUGGGCGAAUCCCAGCUGGAUGACGGAAACGGUUUCGUGUCGAAAGAUUGAAGGUGCUGCUGGGAAGAAAUCGACGUACAUUUUCCGUAGCUAUGAUGAUGACGGAAGCAUGGUGCACAAUUAUUGUUCGGUGGAAGAAGUGGCGAUCGAGUACUACAAAACCCUUGGAUAUGAACAUGGAAUACACGGCGAAGGUAGCACAUGGGGCGGAAUGUUUGGAUUGCUUUUCUGGGAUAUCAUUUAUAAAUCGUUGCCGGAUGCAUUUCUGACAAAUUUCCAAAGCGUUCCGAGUGAUUUGAAUUCAAGCGAAUUUUAUGCUCGCCGCAAAAGUGAGAUUGACAAUAGAUUGGAAGAAAUUGACAGCGAUUUCGACGGUGUCCUUGAUCGGGCACAUUCCAUUUGGGAGGAGCAUUUAGAGAAGAAAACGCAGUCAUUAGUUUCCUGGAACCUCUUUCGUGAGGAUUUCGACUUCUUUGAGGGUAUGGUGCGAACCCUUGGGUCGAAAAUUGUAGCUGGUGUUUGUGGGCGGCUGGCGAAGCAUUACCGUUUUACGCGUAGUGGUCUUCCGGAUUUGCUUCUGUGGUCUACGAUGAAUGACAAAUACAAGAUUGUGGAAGUAAAGGGCCCUGGUGACACGUUAUCAGAGAAACAAGAGCUUUGGUUGGAGUUCUUCGUGAGAGACUUGAACGCCGACGCUGUUGUUUGUGCCAUUCGAGAUGAUUUACCGGAAUGGACAUCCACAAGCUCUCCUCGCGGCAAGAAGCGACCGAAAUCGUCGACUCCUGGAAAAGAAUCUGCGAAAAAAGCGAAGGAUGGUUGAUCUGAUCCUGUGGGUCAACUGUGAUUCGAAUUUCUUCUGGUGUAUUUUCGGCGAGUAUAAUUCCUACCGCGUGCGUGUUUGAUACGUUUCUUAUUGAAAUGUAUUUUGCAAUUGACCAUUUGUAAUUGAUUUGUGCUAAAGAACGUAUUGUGCUCAAUCGAGGAGAGGGAAUUGCUGAAGCUGAAUGACUGUCGCGUGCGUUUGAUAAUAAUCACCUGAUGAACGAUGCA